CAUUCAAACAUCAAUUCCUAACAUUCGGCUCUAGAACAUGACUAAGGUUCAUCAAAAUCUAAGUAAAUGAGAAUUAUUUCAUAGAGAAGAGAGAGAAUACAAUAUAAAACUCAAGAUCUUCAAUCUUCAUGUCAAGAUCCAUCCAAGAUCGUUUUCCCUCACUUUGGAACAUCUCUUGGGUGUUUUGGGUCGAAACUCAAAACCCCUUCUCAAAAUCACAGUAGUAGCUUUUUAUACCCGUAGACAGUGCACAAGUCAUGGCCUCAUGUCACGGUAGUGACGUCAACAAAAAAAUCGUGACUUUUGACGAGAAAGGCAACAUUUUGUAGCAAGGCACGACUUCAGGUUAAAACUCAUGGCCAAAGUCGUGACAUGUCUAGCAACCUACGAACAGUAGUUUGCUCCCUAUUUCUUUGGUCAAGUCUUACGGCUUCCAAUGAAACAUCACAGUCUGGCCGUGUCAAAUGCUCCUAGGCCGUGACCUCUGCACCUUUGAUGCAUUUAUGCCAUUUUCAACUCAAAGUGUCUCGAAACUCAUUCACUGUCAUUAUUUAUGUCCUAGGACCUCAAAUGUGACAAACGAAACACAACUUAUCAUAAAAUAGGCACGCAAACACCAAGUCUAACGAUCAAUAUAUGAAGGGCAAAACAUGUUUAAAUAAGCCCGAAUCAAUAUCCCUACUACUAUUAUUAAAAAAAUUCUACUAUCUUGUAUACAACCAUUUUACAUUAUGAUACAUACAUUCAUACCACCAUAACACACUUCCAUACCAUUAUGACAUAGUCUUGUGUACUAACGAGCAUUACCACCAUGGUAUAAAUUGGUAAUAUAUGUAUAUAUGUUUUGUUCCAAAAUAUAUCAAAUUGGAUGCCAUUUUUUAACAACACAAUAACUCUGAUUUUUCUGUGUAAAAACUUAAAUUAAAAUAAAAGAGAUAUGACCAUAAAAAUUAAUUGGACAACAAUUAUGUAUUCAUUAGACUCUUAACAGGGUUACUAAUGGUUAUAUAUAAAUUAUUGACGGUAUGUUUUCCAAAGUCGCAGAUGUUAGGGUUGGGAAUCAGUGUGGUCUGGUCUAGACCAAACCAAAUAUACGGCCUACGGUCCAGAUUGAGAGGCUGAAGUAUAAACCACAGACCAGACCAUAGACUAUACGUUCUAAACCAGAUCACGCCUAUGCAGUCUGGUCUGGUACGUUCUAGUCCAGAUAGACCACACUCAAUGAAAAAUGAACAAUUUGUUUAGUCGACAACACAAAAAAUUGAACCAAUAGCCAAGAAAAAAUUAAUUUUUGGCUAAAAAAAUAAAUUCUAACAUGCACGAAUAAUUUUGACACCAUAAAUCUCAGUACAUAACAAAGAUAUAAAGUGAAAGCAUCCCAACUUGCACCAUAAUGUCAUUAUGGAGACACGAUCGCCGCUAAUCUCUGGUGAAAUGUGGUUGUGAAUGAAGGAGUGAAUGAGAUUCAAAAAAUUCAAGUUGAGACUUAGGUCUCGUUGUGGGAGUUGGAAGAGUGGUCGAGUGGCUGCUAACACGUAUUGACAAGUCGAAUGAGUCACAAUUUGGUCCGGUAAACCUGGGUCUAGACCAGACCAGAAAAAAAAUCAAAACAUCAUAUAAUACAUACCAUAUUUAACAGUUUACGGUUUGAAGCAGACUGUACGGUCCAAGUUGGACCACAUUUUUUCUGUCGAUCUGGUCUAUUUUCCCAGCUACUUACUAUUUCUCAAAUUGGUUAAGACUUUAGAAUGAAAAAAUCGCGGGGCCACAGCGAUGAUGUGUAAGAAAUUAUUGGAUAUCCUGGUUCCAGGUGUCAGCCAUCUGUAUGUUGCGUUUAUGGACAAGAAAAAUCCUUCUGCUUUCAGACUUUCCCCUUUAGAAAAUGAAGUUGAAUGACUGAAUAAUGUGCAAUGAUCCAUCACCAUCCCAGCUAACCACUCCUGCCUUGUCUUGUCAACAGGUUGGCCUAGAGGGUGUGCUGGCACACUCUCCGGUACAGGGCCUCAAAUUUUGGGGGCCUCCGGACCUUGUUACGGAGAAGAUUCUAGAAGGAUGUAGGUACAUGCAUGCAUCUUGCAAUUCAUGCACCAAUGUACAUACAUCCCCCCCUCCCUAUCUUUUAUUCAUGCACCUAGUUAUUAUGAUUCAUGUAUGAGUGCUUAUGCAUUCACCUCAUUUAUUACAUUCAUGUAUGGGGCUGGUUCAUGUAUGGGGGGACUAUCUAGGUUCGUUCAUUUAUGACGGCCAUGUACAUUGUACUUAGUGGAGAGGAUGCCUAUAUAAGCAGCCCUCUCAACCACUUUUCAUUCAUCCAGAAAUUGAGAGCUUUCCAUCUCUAGAGCUUUUCUCCAUACUUGUGAGUUUGAGUGAAUACGAGUAAGGCUGACUUAGCGCUCUAACGAGACUUGAGUGCUAAGUGCCGCACGGCCAAGAGUUGGUCCGUGACAACCUUCAUUGUAGGGGUGGGCAUUCGGUUGGUUCGUUUUCGACCAAACCGAAAUUAUGAAUACCGGGUCUCCGAAUUCUCUCAAACCUCAAACCGAAAUAUAAUUCGGUUCGGUUUUUCACCCAAAACUGAAUUUGUGAAGCUACUUGUAUUUUAUCACUUUUAAAUUAUUUUUCACCCCUAAUAUAAACAAUAAAUAGCAAUUAUAUGCAUCAUCAACGAUAAAAUCAAACUUUUCAACACAUAAGUCAUAAAACAUUUCAAAUAUUUAAGUCUAAAAACAACUACAAACAUAAAAAUCCACCAUUUGGAGCUUGCAAUUAUAGUAUUUCUAUUUUUCGGUCGGAAAUUCGGUUCGGUUGAAAGAACCCUGGUUUCCGAACUAUCCAUAUUUUCCUUCCGAAUUCCGAACCGAAUAGCAUUAUUUCGGUUUCGGUUUGGUUCGGAUCGGAUUUACCGAACCGUCUGCCCACUCCUACUUCAUUGCGUAUAUGACUAAUUAUAUUUACGAAUUAUUGAAUUUCGAUUAUGAAUUUAAAAUGAUAGAAAAUUUAUGAAUUGUUUUUUGACUAUGGGUCUAAAGCAAUAAUAUUAAAAACUUUAAGAACGAACGGAUCAUAUGAGGGGAAAACUUGCUUUCUUAAUUAUUAAAUAUUUUUCAAACCAUAUAACAGAACUCAUUUUUUCGUGUGUUUCUAAAUAUAAUAAAAGAUGUAAGAUUGAUGAUGUCUCAUUAUUGGCAUUAAUAAAUUUGUUUCUUUAAGUUUCUUCAUUUUCAAAAUUCUAAGGAGAAAAAUAAUUCAAUUUUGUUAAUUAAUAUGUUUGUACUAGCAAGGUAAUAAUGCUAAUUAAAUAAUUCACAUUGAUUUAUUAAAUGUUAACCAGAAUAAUUCGGUACAAGCCACCAAUAGUAGAAAAGGAAAACUAACUAAAUCAAUCAUAAAUCGUUUGUAUCAUAUCUAAAUUUAAAAUAAAAAAUUAUCAGUUUUUCCUAUCUAAUUUAGUUUAUUCUAUUAUUUUUUUUAUACUAUCUGAUUGUUCUAAAAUUAUAAUCAAAUUUUCAAUUAUAUCUUACUAUUUAAAUCAUUGUCACUCUUUAUUACAAAUCAUAUUAUAUAGAUAUUAUUUUUAAAUAUUGGAAAGAUUUUUAUUUAUUGAUGCUUUAUUUAUAUUUUAUUAUAUAUUUUGAAAAAAUAAAUUCGACCACAUUUCGUUUACAGGGACUCCAAAAUCUCAAGGUCGACACUCCUUAAUCUGGCUGUCGUAACCGUCAUUCCAAAUUUCUCUCCCAAGUGCUUCUGUUUGUCUCCCGGGAAAAAGGUGGAGAAGAUGGUUUGAUUUCGUUUGUUUAUGUUUGCUCUGUGGAAUUCCUUUCAAUUGGUCGAGAAGAAAUCCGGGGAGAUAAUGACUCGGUUCCGACCAAAAUCAAUUUCGUCUUUGAUCGCGCCGUUCUACGACACCGUACAUCUGUUCCCGGCCUGUUGAACGAUUUAGCAGCCUAGAUACUAUUCAUGCUCCCUUACUCUCACCAAUCCCGUCUAAAGUCCACCUGCAAAUCCUGGUGCAUCUCCCUCUCUUCUGGAACCCUAAUCUCUCUCCGCCGCCUCCGCCGCCAUCUCAGCGACCUUCUCUGCAUCUUCCCGAAGGACCCUUCCAUCUCCUCUCCCUACCUCUUCGAUCUUGGGACCCUUGCCUAUAAGCCUCUCCCACCCGUGCCCUGCAACCCCUACGUCUACGGACUCUGCAAUUUCACCACGGUCUCCCUUGGCACUCACCUCUAUGUCCCCGGAGGGUCCAUCUUCGAGACCCGUUCCUUCCCCAUGGAUCGUCCUUCCACUUCAUUUGUCACUGUCUUGUUCAGUCUCGCCGCUUCCAUUGGGACCACAUCAGGAAAACGGUAGGGAAGAGAUUGAAGGCCUGAUUUUGAUCACUCUCCUUAAAGUGUUAUUUGCCCCCACUACGUUAUUGUUGGUAGGAAUUAGGACUCAUUUGCUUUUUGGAUUUGUAAAUGAAGGUUUAGAGUUUUGAAAACCUUUGGAUUUAUGAUGGAUUUGUUGCAUUUUGUAUUUGAAAGAUAACAUUGUUUGUUUAGUUUUAUUUAUCAUGGAUUUAAAGGUUUUUGCACCAUGGCUCACAAAACCUUGCCUUCCAUGACCAAAUACUAAAUAAAAUAUGGUAUUUGCAAAUACGUGGGGUCCACGGAUUUGGAGCUAAAAAAAGGACCAAAUCUAUGGACCCCACGGAUUUGUAUACUGAUGACUCGGUAUUUGCACAUGUUUUCCCCUUUGUUUCUUGAUUGUUUGAGCUUGAAUUAUUGCAUCUUUGUCCUAUUUUAUGCUAGGUUGUGUUCCUUUGUCACAUUUCAGGUCCUAGCACAUAAAGUGAAGCAUAGGCGCAAGGUUUCAAAUCAAUCAGAGAUCAAUUGACGAUUCGGGAGAAGAAACUCGGGCAUGACCUGAAGAAGAAUGGAUUUCUACCUCACUUUAUGGACAAAUAAUCAUGCAAGCUUGUCAUGAAAAGAAAAAGGACGAGACUACGAGCGUCUGGGAUCAAACGGGGACUGAUUCGGAGUCCGGACGAGGGAGAAACGAAGCAUUAAACAGAGGCUGAGCAAGCCACACGGGCAUCCUGGAAUUCCACACGGCCGUGUGGGUCGUGGCCGUGUGGAAAUCACCGAGCCUUCACACGGGCAGCUGGGAAAGCCACACGGCCGUGUGACCUGGCCGCGUGAUCGGGAAUUUCUGUUUAAAACUCGAUUUUCAGCCAAAGGAAAGGGGAGAGCUGGGUUUUUGGUUCCCAAACACCCAAGGGACGAACCCUAGAGAGAGAGAGCGACUUGGGAACAUUCUUGGAGCUAUUUUGGAGGAUUUCUUCGCCAUUGGAGCUCGGGAAUCAAGCUUGGAGAUGGAGAUUGAAGAUCUAGAUCAGAUUUCUGCAGUCUCUCUCUUCUCUAUGGAGUAACUUCCCUUCACUUAGGUUUUGAGGAACCCUAGUUCCAUGUGUUAGGAUCUUUCUUGUAUGAAGUUUUGGAUGCUAUAUUGUUUGAUUAUAAUCGAUUGAGGCAUGAUUUAUUGAGUCAAUUGAAUCUUGAUCAAAUUCUCUUGAUUUCUGCUUUAACCUAUGAUAGAUAGAAUCUGAUUAGGUUAAGAGAGCUUCCUUGAUUGAUAGUGGCGAAUUGGUUGUGCGAGAGUCAAUCAAUUCACUGCUUUGUACUGGAAUUCAUUCCAGUAGAGGAGAUCUGUGUGAAUCGCCUAAGCAGUCUAUCCCGGUGAAGGCUAGUCGCCUGCCGGGUAUUCUGUCUGAGAGGGCUUGGUCAGCUUAAGAGAUUCCAAGCUAAUUUAGGAUCUUCCGCAGUUCAAUCAACAGUAUAUCAACCAAAGGUAAUUGCAACUUGGACCUAAUUGAGGAUCUAGGGGGAAUCAUACCUAAGUGAGUUCCCAACUUGUAAUUAGUAGAGUAGUCAGUAGAGUAGUUUAUAAAUCAAUCCUUAAUCUAGUUUGCUAGAUAAUGAACUGAAGCUGAGUAAUAGUAACUCUAGAGACCCGUGGAUUCGAUAUUUAUUACUUGUGCCACAUUAUUGCAGUCCCUUUCAUUGGUUACACUUGGCCAUUGUUAGGUGUUGUGUUUUAGCGUGUCAUAUACCUCAACAAACAAAGUUAUUUUGG